CAUGCAGGCAUGUGCACAAUGCUGCUGCAGUCAGGGCAUCAAUUUUGUAUAGGAAACGACUGUUGAGGCAGCGCAGCAAUGGCUGCGAAGCACUUAGGCGUGCACGCCUCCCUCCCUCUCCCCACUGGCUGAGGGGAGGAGGGUUCCUCUCCUUCUUUGCCAUGGGGCGAAGAGAGCACUGGCAGCAGAAGCAUGUCUGCCUCCGACUCAAGCGCCACAGGACUCAUCUGUAACAAGGGUUCAGCCGAUUCCUACACUGGUCGACCCUCUGAUUCCGACCUGUCCCUGGAGGAGGACAAGGAGGCGUCUCGGCGUGAAGCCGAGCGCCAGGCUCAGCUGCAGCUGGAAAGAGCCAAGUCCAAACCUGUAGCAUUUGCAGUAAAAACCAAUGUAACCUAUUGCGGGGCGAUCGAUGAAGAUUGUCCAGUCCAGGGUGCAGCUAUAAACUUUGAAACCAAAGACUUUCUACACAUAAAAGAGAAGUACAACAAUGACUGGUGGAUUGGUCGGCUGGUAAAGGAAGGGGCAGAUAUCACUUUUAUCCCAAGUCCAGUAAAACUAGAGGCUAUGAGGAUAAAACAGGAGCAGAAGGCAGCAGCAAGGAAAGGAGGGAAUGCAUCAUCUGGAGGCUGGAGGUCCACCCCCCCGUCUGCAGCCAAACAGAAGCAGAAACAGACUGAACACGUUCCUCCAUAUGACGUAGUUCCUUCCAUGCGGCCUGUGGUUCUGGUGGGUCCUUCUUUGAAAGGAUACGAGGUGACAGACAUGAUGCAGAAAGCCUUGUUUGACUUCCUGAAGCACAGAUUUGAUGGCAGGAUCACUAUCACACGGGUGACUGCUGAUCUGUCGCUGGCAAAGCGGUCUGUGCUGAACAAGAAGGCCAUCAUGGAGAAAGCUAACACUCGCUCCAGCCUGGCUGAGGUCCAGAGUGAAAUAGAGAGAAUCUUUGAGCUGGCCAAGUCUCUUCAGCUGGUUGUCCUGGAUGCAGAUACCAUCAACCACCCAGCACAGCUCCUCAAAACCUCUCUGGCUCCCAUCAUCGUCUAUGUCAAAGUCUCCUCCCCCAAAGUUCUUCAAAGGUUGAUUAAAUCUCGUGGGAAGUCACAAAGCAAACACCUCAAUGUCCAGAUGAUGGCUGGGGACAAGCUGGCUCAGUGUCCUCCUGAGAUGUUUGACGUGAUCCUUGAUGAGAAUCAGCUGGAGGAUGCAUGUGACCACCUUGCAGAGUACCUAGAGAUUUACUGGCGGGCCACACAUCUCCCCUGUUCUGCCCCAGUGAACCCCUCAGUAGAUCAAAGUUUGAUCACGCCUCCCUCAGCUAACUCCAGCCAACAGUUUUCUGAAACGCAAGAGCUAAUAGAAUGAUUACCACCACACUUCUGGGAGCAGUUUGUCCUGUCAGCUGGAGUCAGACAAGACGAGUCUCAAAAGACAAGGACUGGGGUGCCUCUAGGGGGCAGCAGCACCCCUCAUCUCUCCACAUCCAGCCACCAACUUCUCCAGCCACACCUGCAUCAUCAAGGAGAGCAGGGGAAAGGUUUCUGAGAAGAAGGAGCAGAAGGCUGGUGAGCUGGGGGAGAAAAAGACGCAAACAGAGAGAGGAGCAGAAGCGGCGGUGCCUGCAGAGGAGCGCCCGCCUCACUGCUGCCCCCUCUGCCAGAGGCCCCCUUCCUCCCAUAUUCAUGCAACAACUCAGGGCAGCUUCCUGCGGCUGCACACACACUGGUAACACCACCAGGACAGCACUGCAGUCACCCUUCCCCACCUCAUCAGAUAGCUUCUUCCUCUUUCCCUCUGCUCCACCCACAUCACCCCACCCUGAUCUAAAACCUAAGCCCAGGUUUCUACUGUUACUUCAAUUAAAACCACAGUUGGCUGUCCAAACCUCGUUCAGCUCACACUUUACUCAGAUUACACAACUUUGUAGUUUGAGUAUGUGGAUCCGAGGUGCUGUUGCAUUUCAGAGCUGUCAUGCAUCUUCCCUGAGCAGAAUUCCUGGGGUUUUUCCUUUGAUCCACCCGCCUUGCAAUCAAGCCGACAGCUGACGAGAGCGAAGAAAAAUCAAUUCUGGGUGUCUUCCAUGUCUGCAGCUUUAAGUGAGCCGUCAUUCCAAAUGUUUCACGAAAUGUUUUUGAAGGGCACAGUAACUUUGAACAAGUCAUUCUGAUGUCAUGUGAGCUGAAAAAUAAUCAUUUUUUAACUUUCUUCUUUCAUUCUUUGAUCUUUACCUUUUUACCACAACAACCUACACUUCCCUCUGCAACGAAUAAUUUUGCCCUCAGUGUAACUGAUCACGUAGUUAUACUCAGCAGUCAUGUAAACCUGUGUGUGACAAAGACAUGCACAAAGUCUGCAUGCAUCUUUAUCACAAAUGUGAAUGUUAAUGAAUGCUGGUCCAUUGGGUUAGAAAUUAUUACUGACACCAAGUGUUACAUUUGCUUGGAGAAAAAGCUUCUCUUCUCCGAAAUCCCACAAAAUUAGACAAAGUCAUAUUUGGUAUCUGUAUUAGUUUUUUUAUUUUUAUUUUUUUUCAUGGAGCAAACUAUUUAUCAUGAGGGUUUUUUUGCCAAAGAAAUUAAACUUUCUGUCUUUUCUCUUUUGAAGUGGCAGUUUUCUAAAAUUUAAUGUAUAUUUAGCAAACGUUCGACUUACUUUAAAACCUCUUUUUGAGUUUUUAAAACAUCUGUUAUUUUUAGAUUGUUGCUCCUUUCUUUUUUGAAAAUAUAGUUAUGUGAACUAAUACAAGGGAAAAUCUGAUGAUUACUUCUACCUGUAAGAAACAAUUGGACAUCAGAUCUUAAAUUCAGACAAAUAACAUGAACUCUGAUGAAAUGAGGCUAAAGAUAUUACCGGUAUACAAGUUUGUAUUUUUGUUUGAAAAAAUAUUGCAGUAUCACAUAUCAUUGUAAAACAGUAACACACAAACCCUUAGGAUUUGCCUCAGGGGGAAGACUUUGCGUUUUACUUAGAGAACAGGAACUAUCUUGACACAUAGGUUUAAGCAAGUUUGUUGUGGCACAAGCAGGUUUUCCAGAGACCUGCAAAAAAAAAAAUCCUCCCAGAUCCGUUUAUUAAGCUACCAAAAAAGAAAAAGAAAAAACCCUGCCAGAUUUUAAAUGAGCUCCUUAGAUGAGGAAGCCCACUGCUGCUUAUGAAAAUAUGAGGUUAAAUGUUCCCAUGUGCAUUACGGAUUAUUGGUUUUUGCAACAGGGCAGAUAUCUGAAAGCAACAAUACCAUUUUGCUAUUUUGCAGAAAUGCAACCCUGGGCCAUUUGGCUUCAAAAGCCUUUAGCACAGUUUAACAUUUGUCUUUUUUAAAGUUAUUUUUUAUCAAUUUAUGAUCUUCAGCCAAUAGGUUCAAGAACAAUUUGCUCAUAUCUUCAUUGUGUUUGUCUUUAUUCAGAAAUCAACAGCAUACAAUACUAAAAACCUAUUCAUUCAUGUGCAAUGAAGAGAAAAAGAAGACAAAAAUACUACAUACAAGCUGCAUGAACAGAAACUUUGAUUUUAAAACACAUCUCAGAUUUUGGUUUUGGUUAUUAAUGACACUAUAUACUUGAGUAAAAGUAAAAAAAAUACUUCAGUUGUUAAGUGGGUUGUAAAGUUUCUGAAUAAAUGUUAAAAAUGUAUGAAAUCAGACAAAAACUACAAAUUAGUGUGCAAAUGUUGGUGUUUACUAGUAUUGUCAUACAAUUUGUUUGUUUUAUUAAGGGGAAUGGAUUCUUUUAGAAUAUUUUGGUGACAUAAAAAUUUGUAGAUCAAUAAAGGGAAGCAUAUUUCUAUAUGCCAAGAUCUUACAUGCCAAUGUUUUGAAACACAUUAGAUAACCGAUAUCUAUGUUUUAAACAUUUAAUACAAUUAAGUCUCUUCUGUUAUUAUUAUUUUUUGUUAAAAACAUAUUUUAUUCCACAGCGUAGUGACAACAUCACCACAUCUCUCCCUAAUUUACCUUAACACCCCUCAAUAUCCGAUGCAUCUCAGUAAGCUCUGAAAGUAUCAGACAAAUGCAACUUUCUAACUCGCGCUAAUGCACAUGAUUCUGUUAGUGUAGCACACAUUUAAUAAUAGUUAUAACUGCAUGACUGCUUCUAUCAGAAGGGCUUUUUUAGGCUCAUCCUCACAUGAGCAGGUCACUCAGCAAAGUGAAUCAGCAUUAUCACUUACAUAUCUCUUAUGGGUAAGCUGUAAAUGUUGUAAAUAAAGGUAAACAAACUGCACAACAAUGCUGCAAAUAUGAUGGAAGCUCAGAGCAUUUUUUUUCUUUUGGCAAAGUAUACAAUUCUGUAUCUAAUGCCUCAGAAAGCAUGCAUUUAUAUGUAGCGUUCUCAGAUUUUUAAAUGAUGCAGUAAUUAUCCAGAACCAUUGUAAGAACAUGGCUUCCGCUGACAUUUGUUCUCUACUCUGAAGCUUUCAGCUUCAGAUCAGAUGCUUCCAACUUGUGAAACACUAAGAGCACAUUUCCUUCUUCAAGAGAAAACUUUCAACCUGUUAUGUUUUAUUUUCUUUGCCGAAAUUUUCAACCAAACGUUGUUAUGGUUUUGGUUUCAAAAAGCACAACUUCUUUAUAAAUAUUAUUAUUAUUUCAUAUUGUGUGUGUUUCAGUGAAAUACAAUGCAAAGUGACAAGACACAAGCUCAGACUAUCAAUCUCUCUCCUCAGUUUUGAUGGGGUAAAAUUGCACUAUCAUUUCUAUGUAUGCUUUCCAAUGCAAUAAACACUCUAAGUUUGACCUGAAUGCACUUCCAGUCUUCAACAAGUUAUUUGAUGGUGUCAGUACUUCAGACAAGAUUACACGAAGAAGUGAUAUCCAGCAAAGUCUGAUGAUAAUCUUUGUCCUGGGUGCAUCUGUGCAUCUUUCUCAAUAACACAUGUGAAGCCAGGGUGAAUAAAAACGCUAAAAUAUGAA